GGGCCUGGGCCUAGCGGCAGCGGGCGCGCGGCCGCGGCCAUGAGCGGAGCUGCGGGCUGCCAGGGCGGCGGCGGCGGCGGCGAGCGGGGGCCUCGCUGGAGGAGGCCGUGGAGGCUGCUGGCGCUCGGCCUCCUCUCCGCCUCCUCCGUGCUGGCGGCCGCGCCGGGAGCCGGGGCCAUGAGCAAGGAGGAGAAGCGGCGGCUGGGAAACCAAGUGCUGGAAAUGUUUGAUCAUGCGUACAGCAAUUAUAUGGAGCAUGCAUAUCCAGCUGAUGAACUCAUGCCUUUAACUUGUCGUGGACGAGUACGGGGUCAGGAACCAAGUCGAGGGGACGUGGAUGAUGCCUUGGGAAAGUUUUCACUGACCUUAAUUGAUACCUUGGACACUCUUGUGGUGUUAAAUAAAACCAAAGAGUUUGAAGAGGCUGUAAAAAAAGUAAUAAAGGAUGUUAACUUAGAUAACGACAUAGUUGUAUCUGUCUUUGAAACCAACAUAAGAGUCCUUGGAGGUCUCCUAGGUGGGCAUUCGGUGGCAAUUAUGCUGAAAGAAAAAGGUGAACAUAUGCAGUGGUACAAUGGUGAACUUCUGCACAUGGCGAAGGAACUAGGCUACAAGCUUCUACCUGCUUUUAACACCACUAGUGGUCUCCCUUAUCCAAGAGUUAACUUAAAAUUUGGUGUAAGACAUCCAGAAGCACGAACAGGAACAGAAACUGACACCUGUACGGCUUGUGCAGGUACCUUGAUCCUUGAGUUUGCUGCAUUAAGCCGAUUCACAGGAACAUCUAUAUUUGAGGAGUAUGCACGGAAAGCACUUGACUUCAUUUGGGAAAAGAGGCAGCGCAGCAGUAAUUUAGUGGGCGUUACUAUUAAUAUUCACACUGGAGACUGGGUUCGCAAAGAUAGUGGAGUUGGAGCAGGAAUAGAUUCAUAUUAUGAAUAUUUAUUAAAAGCCUAUGUCUUGCUGGGAGAUGACAGUUUCCUGGAAAGAUUUAACACACACUACGAUGCCAUAAUGAGAUACAUUAGCCAACCACCUCUCCUUCUCGAUGUUCAUAUUCAUAAACCAAUGCUAAAUGCUAGGACCUGGAUGGAUUCUCUGCUAGCUUUCUUUCCAGGAUUGCAGGUGUUGAAGGGCGAUAUUCGACCUGCUAUUGAAACUCAUGAGAUGCUGUAUCAGGUUAUAAAAAAGCAUAACUUUCUUCCUGAGGCUUUCACAACAGACUUCAGAGUUCAUUGGGCUCAGCAUCCUUUAAGGCCUGAAUUUGCCGAAAGCACUUAUUUCUUGUAUAAGGCUACUGGAGACCCUUACUAUCUAGAAGUAGGAAAAACACUCAUUGAAAACUUAAACAAGUAUGCAAGAGUACCCUGUGGGUUUGCAGCAAUGAAGGACGUUCGUACAGGAAGCCACGAAGACAGAAUGGACUCUUUCUUUCUGGCUGAAAUGUUUAAAUAUCUUUACCUGCUGUUUGCUGAUAAGGAAGACAUGAUUUUUGACAUAGAAGAUUAUAUAUUCACUACAGAAGCUCAUCUAUUACCACUUUGGCUUUCCACUACAAACCAAACCAUCUCUAAAAAAAAUACAACUACAGAAUACACAGAGCUGGAUGACAGUAAUUUUGACUGGACCUGUCCGAACACCCAGAUCCUUUUCCCAAAUGACCCAAUGUUUGCUCAGAGUAUUCGUGAACCUUUGAAAAAUGUGGUGGAUAAGAGCUGUCCUAGGGGUAUUUCCAGAGCAGAGGAGAGUUUGGGAAGUGGACCAAAACCACCAUUGAGAGCCAGAGAUUUCAUGGCCAGUAAUCCUGAGCAUUUGGAGAUACUGAAGAAGAUGGGAGUCAGCUUGAUUCAUCUCAAAGAUGGAAGAGUACAAUUAGUACAGCAUGCAGUGCAAGCAGCAAGCUCACUUGAUGCUGAAGAUGGCUUACGGUUCAUGCAGGAAAUGAUUGAACUCUCCAGUCAGCAACAGAAAGAGCAACAGCUACCUCCUCGUGCUGUUCAGAUUGUUUCCCAUCCAUUCUUUGGCAGGGUGGUCUUGACUGCGGGACCAGCACAAUUUGGGAUGGAUUUAUCCAAACACAAAUCAGGGACAAGAGGAUUUGUUGUGACCAUUAAGCCAUAUAAUGGUUGUUCAGAGAUCACUAAUCCUGAGGCAGUGAAAGAAAAAAUUGCCUUGAUGCAAAGAGGCCAGUGUAUGUUUGCUGAAAAGGCACGAAACAUUCAAAAAGCUGGAGCAAUAGGAGGCAUUGUUAUUGAUGACAAUGAAGGAAGCAGCAGUGACACAGCUCCUCUCUUCCAAAUGGCUGGUGAUGGAAAGAAUACAGAUGAUAUCACAAUCCCCAUGCUCUUCCUCUUCAACAAGGAAGGAAAUAUUAUACUGGAUGCAAUCCGGGAAUACGAGGCAGUGGAGGUGCUCCUUUCUGACAAAGCAAAAGACAGAGACUUGGAAAUGGAGAAUAUGGACCAGAAAUUAUCUGAAAAUGAUUCACAUAAACAAAAUUCUGAAGAAGCUUCUUCAGCAUCUCAGGAUGUUGUUGCGGUCAGUGAGGAACCGGAAGGAGAAAGCUCCGAUGUCACUGACCCUGAUUCUUUGUCUCCUGCUCAUGCAGACAGUGACAGCGUUUCCAUUUCAGAUCAGGACUCCUACACCCCUGGAACUGAUGAGGCUAGUACUCCAGAGCCAGCAUGUAUGCAAGGGGAUAACCAGCCUCAGGAACAAAAGACCGAGACAGAGUCAAACUCCAAAGUUAACUGGGAUAAUAAAGUCCAACCUAUGGAAUCCAUAUUAGCAGACUGGAAUGAAGAUAUAGAAGCAUUUGAAAUGAUGGAAAAGGAUGAACUAUGACUUGUAAUAAUGACUUGUUAGUAAACAAAUGGAGAACUCUUUGGGUAGAAGUGAGGCCCUGAUGUCUGAGAACUAGAAAACAUUCAGUAUUGUGAUGAGCAACCAGGUGUCACCUGGAAAUUAUUAUAUAAAUCCAGCACACACUCUUUUGUUUUGAUUUUUUCCUGUUUAAAAAUGGGAACGUGCAAUUGAAGCAUUCGUAUGGCUCCACUGCGUGGUGCUAUUACCCCAGGAGGCUCGUCAGGGAACGAGCCCAUCUUCUGCCUUCCAGGUGCCAAGGGAUCACACGCUUUGGCCUCUGGAAAGCAAAAGUUAAACGCAGUGGGGCUAACAUACCACAUCAACGGUUUGGGCGGGAGCACUUGCUGUAGGCCAGCCACUGUUCGGUUGGAGUGAAGGUGCAGUUUCACUGAUCUCUACUCAGUUGAAAGCCUUCAUUGCUAGCAGCAGGUGAAAUCAUUUCCGGUUGUUGUCUUUAAGACACUGGUAGAAGCAGUUUGAUUUUGUUCUGACAUAUCAUACUGAGACACAGUAGUGUUGCUCAUCGCUCCUUCCAUCUGUUACCAUGAAGAAUGACCAAGAUGACUUGUGAGUUUUUCCUUCUGCUUUACUUUCAACUAGUGAAACUAUAUAAACUGAAGGCAGCGUGUGCUUUGUGAGCAGGUUCCAUCAGGGAAACGAAGACAGCCCUGCUCAUUUGGGAUCUAACAGGUAAAGGUUCGAAGUGUGCUAUGAAAGCUGUGUUUGAGAUGGAGGUAAGGUGGAUGGGGCAGAUGUUGAGUACAGGCAUUUCCUUUGGCCUUCCAGGUUGAAAAACCCAAUCUACCCUGAGACGGUUUAAACUGGCAAUAGUCUCUGAAAGGAUACUAAACAGAAUUAGAUCAGCUAUAACAAAACUUCCUUUUUCUACAAUUUUUAUUCUAACAGCUUGACUUCAUUGUCAUUUUUAUAUGCAACUUCGAUAUGUGUGAUACUUAAGGCAAUGAGGCCAGUACCAGUGGUGAAGUGCGACAGUUCUGGCUGUUGGGUCCAUAGUUCAAAGUAUAGUGGUGUGAAUUGUGAGAAUGACUGGUAUGUUACUCUGGGCUUUGGGAGUUUGUUACAGAUAAGUGUGGGUCCUAAUUUGUUAUCCCUAUUAUGAAAAGCAUUAUUUAAAUAAAAAUGGGGCUGCUUAAACAGCU